CACUCCAGCCUCCUGCUCCCUCCCCUCCCGUGCGCUCGUCAAAUUCGCGCCGGCCCCGAUGCUCGCCCACACCCACAGGCCCCGGCCGUGCCUGGCGGUGGCGAGGGCGGCGACCCCCGACGCUGCCACCGGAGCGAAGUCGCCCGUCUCCGGCGGCCAGAUGCUGGUGUUCGUUCCGCCGCACCCGCUGAUAAAGCACUGGGUCUCCGUCCUGCGCAACGAGCAGACGCCCUGCGCCGUCUUCAGGAGUGCUAUGGCGGAGCUUGGUCGUCUGCUCGUAUACGAAGCCUCCAGGGACUGGCUGCCCACAAUCACAGGAGAGAUCCAGACACCUGUAGCUGUUUCAAGUGUUGAAUUUAUUGAUCCAAGGGAGCCGGUUAUGGUUGUUCCCAUUCUGAGAGCUGGUCUUGCUCUAGCUGAAAAUGUUUCAUCAGUACUGCCAGCCACCAAGACUUAUCACCUUGGACUACGUAGGGACGAAGAAACACUUCAACCUUCAAUAUAUCUCAACAACUUACCAGACAAGAUUCCAGAGGGAACCCGUGUGCUGGUUGUUGAUCCAAUGCUGGCCACUGGUGGGACAAUCGUUGCUGCUAUUGACUUGUUGAUUGAACGUGGGGUUACAAGCAAACAAAUUAAAGUUAUAUCAGCUGUUGCGGCACCUCCUGCACUAACAAAGCUCAGCAACAAAUUCCCUGGGCUCCAUGUAUACGCAGGAAUGAUCGAUUCUGAAGUAGAUGAGAAAGGGUACAUAGUUCCGGGGUUGGGAGAUGCUGGUGAUAGAAGCUUUGCUACAUAAUCAGACACUUCAGUUUUGACGCGGACAGUUCUACCAGCGAGAAUCGUAUACCCUAAUUUUUUGAGGAUUGCCUUAUUGGAGUACUUAAGAGUUACGAUUGUAUUUCCUUAUUCCAGACUUUUGUCCUUCUCGGUAAUAUUACUUUCGAUUAUUAUCACUUUGUAAUUAUCCAUUUUGUAUGGUUAUAAUAUAUAUGACUAACUCUGA